UUAUUGUUAUUGCUCAUGUCACUUGUACAGGGCAACAAAAUGCACAUACAUCAACAAUGUGAACAAACAUUCAUCUCUCGCGAUAGUAUCGAUACGAUACUGACACUGUCUAAUGCGAGUGGGCGUGGCUGGAUGGCGAGGGGCGUGGUUUGGUGGUUAGCCAACGAGCACAUUUCGCACGUCAGUACAGCGUCAGCCGGAGGGGAGCAGACAACUUCUCAAAGUCGCCGCAGAAGGGAGCGUCUUUCCCCGGGGAGGAUUCGUGUCUGGGAGGACGCCGACACGUCGUAGUCUGGUUCAUUUGCUGGAGGGAAGUGAAAGUUGACGUGCAGCGUAAAGGGAUACACAUGGAUGUGAGGAGGCUGAAGGAUGCUACCAGGUUCCAAACCUCCAAAUAGUUGGUUCCUGCGAAAAAACACUCCACAAGAGGACGAUGAGACCAUGAGCGCCGAGCAGCAAGAAGUGACCGCCAAAAUGGACCCCGCUGGCGCCCGCCUUUGCGACCCCUUCCAGGAGGAACCCGUGCUGGACUCCCACGCCCGAGCCAACCUAAGCUCCUGUUCUUUCCCGCCGACUCCCUUCCCGAGCUUGGCCGACAGCGUCUGGCUGCCGCUGUCCAGCUUGUCCAGCAGCUGGUCGGGAUAUCCCGGCAGCACGCCGUCCAGCCUGAACCCAAAAGAACUCUGCAGCUGCUGCGGAGAUAGCCUCCCCUCUGGUCACAAGUCCCCAAGCAGCCUGGAGCAGCCCUUCUCUCUGCACUCGGACCCGCCGAGCCGGCAUCACACCCUGCCCCCGUACAUGUGCUCACCCAUUGGGGCCGCCUGCUGGGCCCAGUGUCCCGCGGACGCCUUUGCCGGCAGCGGAGCCAACGUUCACCCGUGCUUUCCAAACCGGGAAGCUCACGGGCUUCCAUGUGACUGCAGACAUCCCUGGGGUGGGUUCACACGGAUCAACCACAGCCAUACGCCUCCAGAGAAGCAGACGCCGCACAGCAUGCCGCUGUCUUUGGAGCAGCGGAGAGUGUUUGUCACGUACGAGGCGGACGAUGACGUGCACCUGAGCGAGGUCAUCAAGUUUGUGGCUCUGCUGCGGCACAACGGCUUCGACACACAUAUUGACAUAUUUGAGCAGCAGUUUCGCAGCAUCAGCAAGAUUGACUUCAUGGAGCGCUACCUCAGCGAGAAGGAGUACCUGAUUAUCAUCAUCAUCAGCCCCAAGUACUACGACACGGUGACCGCCUCCCACGUCAGCAGCCCCGACAUUGACGAGCGGACGUGCAGCGCAGUCUACAUCCACAAGCAGCUCCAGAAUGAGUUCAUUCAGAACGGAUGCAAAAAUUUUCGCUUUAUUCCCAUUUUGUUCCCCGGUGCAAAGAAGUGUCACGUCCCAACCUGGCUUCAGAACACGCAUGUGUACGCUUGGCCGCUGGACCGUGACGACAUCCUACGGCGGCUCAUGAGGGUGGAAAAGUACAACCCCCCUCCGAUAGGCGAGCUGCCCACCAUUGUGUCCAUCCCCAUAUGACAACGCCUUCUUGGAGGACAUCACAGAGUGUCUUGGGCAUGUUGAGAGCUCUGUAAUAUCUGGGAAUGUUCCUUUAGGUUCUAGCUAGCAGGAACAUUUGUGGUGCUAGAAAAGAUUGUGGAAUCUUGCCACGGGAAGUUUAGCCAGGGAAGACAUUUUUAUUUGUGAGUAGUGCUUCAAUGACAUUUUAUUGAGGAAUGGCCCAGUUUUUGUAUAUUUGGUUUUCAUAACGUUUUUCCUGUUUUUUUUCAUUCUUUUCAAAUUUGCCUCCAUUUUCAUUCACUUCUGCGUUUUUGUACACCCCAGUUUUUGGAUGGUUUGGUUUUUGUCAAAAUUUUUUGCUAACAUUGCUUUGCAACUUUUGUCCAAAAUUAAUUUUUGUUUACUGUCUUGGUUUUCAUACGCCCCAGUUUUCAUGUAUUUGUUGAUCAUUUUUGAAUGACGUUGCCUUUGUUUUUGUCUGCCUCUUAUUUGUUUUAUUUUACAUUUUUUUGCAGAAAUUCUGACUUGAUAGUGGUAACAUUUUUGCCAAAACUUUUGUUUCAGUUUUCAGCCACUGUCUUUGCUAAAAUUUUGCCAGAGUUUUCGUUUACUGUCUUGGUUUUUGUACGCCCCAUGUAUUUGUUGAUCACUUUUGCAAAGACGUUGCCUUUGUUUUUGUCUGCCUCUGAUUUGUGUUAUUGUGGUAACAUUUUUUUGCAGAAAUUUUAACUAAAUUUUGGUAAAACUUUUUGCCCAAACUUUUGCUUCAGUUUUCAGCCACUGUCACUGUUUUUGCAAAAAUUUUGCCAGAGUUUUUGUUUAUUGUCUUGGUUUUCGUACGCCCUAGUUUUCAUAUAUUUGGUAUUUGUUCAUCAUUUUCUAAAAGACUUUGCCUCUGUUUUUGUAUGCCUCUGGUUUGUAUUAUUUGGUGACAUUUUUUCAAAAAUGUUCACUCAAUUUUGUAUGCUCCAGUUUUGGUACCACUUUUUGCAAAAACGUUUGCUUCACUUUUCAGCCACUGUCUCUGUUUUGUUUGAACCACAAUGAUGCUGUAACACAUCACUAGAUGAGACUAUGAAUUUGACUCAGGUUUACCACCAUGCAGGUUUAAAAUAUGUAACUAUACAUAACAUAACACUGUAUUGCAGCAACCCCAACUAAAGUUUCUAUCCCAUUCUCCAAUUUCCCAUAAAUGGCUGUGAAUUUCCCAUGGAAAGUUCUUACUCUGAAAAAAAUCUUACUCUGCAUACACUUGAAUGAAUUCUGUUGGAAAAUAAUAUAUUCUGUUGUGCAGGUGAUUA